GUCAAUUCUCGAUAGCUUCACAAACAUGUCAGGUGGUGUUGGGCCAACAGGCUGUGACAUUAGCCUCCCAAAAGAACAAGAACUUAGUUUCAAAGAACAACAAGACCAACAACAAUCAUUACUCAAGAAUCUCAACAAGCCCACCACACCACCACAACAACACAAAGUGGGUACUAUUCUCUCUUUCAACCAGCUCAAUUCCCUGGCUGUGGUAAUUGUCCUAUCUGCCAGUGGCUUGGUAAGCCCUGAAGACUUUGCCUUUGUGUUCUUCUCCCUUAUUUACCUGCACUUCAUAGCCAAGGUGGCUUUCCCUUCUCUUCAUCCAUCAAGGGACCCCCAAGAAGUCUUCAACCCCCAAAACAAGCUCAUCCAACUUUAUACCCUCAUCGGUGCCACCAUUGGGCUUUUCAUCCCAAUAGCCUACAUUUUCGAGGGUGUUUUUGAGGGUGACAAGGAAGGGAUCAAGGCAGCAGCACCGCAUGUUUUUCUCUUGGCCAGCCAAGUUUUCAUGGAAGGAGUGGCAUCAUCAUCAUCACAAAGGUUCUCGGCUCCGGUUCGAGCUUUUGUUCCAGCAUUCUACAAUGCAAGAAGGAUUUUCACCAUUGUGGAUUGGCUUAGGAGUGAGGUCUAUAAGAUAGAUGGCGAGCACAGUGGGUCUGCUUGGAGGAUUCAUGUUGGGAGAGCACUUGCAAUGGCCAAUAUGGCCUACUGGUCUUUCAAUCUAUUUGGAUUCCUGUUGCCAGUGUUUCUUCCAAAAGUUUUGAAGCUGUAUUACUCGUCUGAGUACAAUGACAAAGACCGAUGAAGGAAGUUUUGUAUGCUUACUCUUGGAAUAGCCAUGCAUUUGAUUUUGAUGUAUAAGGUCUUGAACCACAGGUUUUACUUGUUUUAGCUCUAUAAUUAUUACAUAGUGAAUGUAUUUGAUAUUGGAUGACUGUAGACACAUAAUUUAUACUUAGUGAAUGUAUAUUAUUUAUUAACUAGAUGGGUGAGAUGUAUGAAUUUCGAAAAAGUGGAACUGUCAUUAUGUUUUUAGCUUACUAAGGU